UUUAUGUCAUUUUUUUCUUGCAUACUCAUUUUUUACAGAUGAAUCUUGUACACAUUAUUUAAGGAGAAAUCUGACAAUGGAGGUGUAUUAAAAAUAGAGACAUGUAGUAUAAUUGCCGACAACUAUAUAUAUAUAUAUCCACCAAGAACAAAAAGAAAUAGAAGGUGAUAUGUCUAUAAAUAAUCAUUUUCUCUUUUAAACAAAUGUUUCAUCUUCUUGUCAGCCUAAGGAUGUUCGCAUUUGAACUAAAAAAAAAUCACUCAUAUACAUAAUGUUUUAAACGGCAAUAAAUCAUUAAUAAAACAUUAGAUCAAUAUUAAAAUUAUGGAAAAGUAAAGAUAGUUCAUGUGCUUGUUUUUGAAACACAAGGAAUGUUCAAGAGAACUAUCAGAACAGUUAAUAUCGCUUUAGAUAUCUAAUAACCUGAUAACGUAAAUAGCUCAUUUUUCAUUCAAAAUUUUCGAUAAUCUCGGAAAUCUUUUUGACUUGAAAACAAAAUCGUAUUCAGAUCUGCACCUGCCAUUUCUAUUUUAAUGUGUCAUUGUCAAUAUUGUUCAUGAUUACGUUAUUUAUCUUGAUAUCUGAAAGUAGUUGUUGCCCAAAACAAAACUAGAAAUAACUGCAGCUUUCAUGUUCAUAAAAUUUUCAAAGAGCAAGAAUCGUAAUCAGUUUGAGCAUUAACAGGACUGAGGUUAUUUGGAGCGACUUAUUAUAUAACUUUAUACAAAAAUCAUUUGAAUAACCCGCUUGAUAACUUAAUGUGCAUGUGACCUACUGACGAUAAACAGCAGAAGACCAAAGAUGACUGAAGGAAAUAGAGUGGUCGUAAUAGCGAUGGAUGGAAGUGCAGAUGCUGAUAAGGCUCUGGACUUCUACAGCUCGAAUUUAUACAGAGAAAAUGACGAUAUAGUGAUAUUGCAUUGUGUUCAUCACAGAUCUGUUUAUACUUAUGAGUCAAUAUGGGCACCCACAGAUCCAGGAGCAAUAUCAAUAGCAUUUGAAGAAGAAAGUAGGAAAGGAAAUGAAGUGUGCAAAGCAAUCGAACAAAAGCUAAAAGACCACAACGUAACAGCCAGAGUAAUUAAACUUGAAGGAGGGGAUCCUGGUCAUACAGUCAUUCACAAGUCUAACGACAUGAAUGCCGCCAUGAUAAUUAUGGGGAGUCGUGGUUUAGGAACAAUAAGACGCACUUUGCUUGGAAGUGUCAGUGAUUAUAUUAUUCACCAUUCAAAAUGUCCUGUCUUUGUUUGCCGUCAUUGAGUAACGUUUAUAAUAUAGAUAACGUACUAUACAAAUCAUCUAUGUACUAAGUGUAUUAGUUUUUAAUUUACAUUAACGAUAUAUACACGAAUAAAAAAAUAGUUUUCGCCUGAA